AUGAAACCAUCUACGUGGGACUCUUGGACAUUUCCCAAAUGCGAUAGAUUUGAGACUUUUGCCCCUCGAAACGCCCACAUUCUCGAGUGUGACUUCUGCGGGAACCGCCUGCAUAAUGAAAGUGACCUUAAAAGCAUUGCUGAUACUCCCCACAACUUUGCGUAUUGGGAAUACCUUCAUUAUGAUCACCCAGACAAACUCGUACCUCAGGAUACACCUUGUGAGUAUCGAACUGACUUUUGCGGGCAUCGAGCCGAUUACAGCUCUGCUGAAGAAGCUUAUGCACCGAAUUAUGCAUUGCGAGAAGAGAAGCUUCGGAAUGAGAUUUUGUGGGAUGGUACACCGCCAGUAGAAAAAGAUGGGAGACUAACUUCCCGAGAAAUUAUUGGAGAAGAUACUUACGAGAAGAUACGAUUCAAGUUAAACACCAAGAAGAUACUUAUUAAGUUGAAAACCACACUCUCUCAAGAAUGA